GGGAAGGAACCGAUGAAACUCUUAGCCAAUCAGCUGCGUCGUUAUGAAACACGGCGUUCGGACCAAUCAGCGUUCGCGUUGUUGUGUAGACAACAGCGAGUACAUGAGGAAUGGUGACUUCCUGCCCACCCGACUACAGGCACAGCAGGACGCGGUCAAUAUUGUUUGUCACUCAAAGACACGCAGCAAUCCGGAAAACAAUGUUGGGCUCAUCACGAUGGCCAAUAACUGUGAGGUUCUGACUACUCUCACGCCAGACACCGGGCGCAUCCUGUCCAAACUGCAUGCUGUUCAACCCCGCGGCAAGAUCAGCUUUUGUACUGGCAUCAGAGUCGCCCAUUUGUCAUUGAAGCACAGACAGGGGAAGAACCACAAGAUGAGGAUCAUCGCUUUUGUGGGCAGCCCAGUGGAGGACAAUGAGAAAGAUCUGGUGAAACUGGCAAAGCGUCUGAAGAAAGAGAAGGUCAACGUGGACGUGAUUAAUUUUGGAGAGGAGGAGGUAAACACUGAGAAGCUGACUGCGUUUGUAAACACUCUGAAUGGAAAGGAAGGAACAGGCUCUCACCUGGUUACAGUGCCUCCGGGCCCCAGCUUGGCAGAUGCUCUGCUCUCUUCUCCUAUCCUAGCAGGUGAAGGUGGCACCAUGAUGGGUCUGGGAGCCAGUGACUUUGAGUUUGGGGUGGAUCCCAGCGCUGACCCUGAGCUCGCCUUGGCUCUGCGUGUGUCCAUGGAGGAGCAGAGGCAGCGGCAGGAGGAGGAGGCUCGGAGAGCGGCUGCCCAAUCAGCUGCGGAAGCAGGAAUUACCACUCCGACUGCUGAUGAAUCGGAGGAAGCUCUGCUGAAGAUGUCGGUGUCUAAGCCUGAGACUGGGGUGGCCUCGCUGCCAGACUUCAGCAGCAUGACUGAGGAGGAGCAGAUCGCCUAUGCCAUGCAGAUGUCCCUGGCCGGAGGAGAAUUUUGUGAAUCGAUGGACACGGGCGCUCCGAUGGACACCGCCGAGUCAGCAAAGGAGGAGGAUGACUACGAUGUAAUGCAGGAUCCAGAAUUCCUCCAAAGUGUACUAGAGAAUCUGCCUGGUGUGGACCCCAACAACGAGGUUAUCCGUAAUGCCAUGGGCUCCUUAGCUUCUCAGAGUGGAACCAAGCCAGAUGGCAAAAAGGAUGAGGAGAAGAAGAAAUGAUCGCUGUAAACAAUAUCAUAACCAGAUAGACAAGUCCUUUUGAUGAAAGAAGAAAAAAAAAAUGGGGGGGAGGGAUGUCUCACAACCGAGGCAGUGAGACCGAUGCGUAGUCACAUGUAUGAAUGAAUGAAUGAUGGAUAACAUGACACAUUAUGAAGCAUUGGAUGUGUAUUAAUUUGCUAAAAUAUUCAGUAAACCCAGUAUCUGAAUUUCACACACCUCGCAUAUGAUCUGUUUCUCCUGUCAUUGCUUGCUCUCCCUGUUCAUAGCUAUUUCUUUUGUUUCCAUUAAAACAAGUUUGUUUAAGAAUA